AUGGUACCAAAAUGGACAUAUAGCGAGUUCAUGACGCAAUCCGAUCUCCAAUUCCGUGUCUUACUGCAAAAGGUCAAUCCCUCGUUAUCUAAAUACCUCGACGUAGCACAAAACGAGCUGGAUCAUGCCUGGCCCAUUGACAUGCCGCAGCCUCAAGAAUGGGCAGUAGUCGACGUACAGCACGCGCUUCGAAUGAGCGUAUCGCGUGUAACGGCUCGAUUGUUCCUCGGAGAAUCAGCAUGUCGCAACCGUGAAUGGCUUAAUCUGUCCGUCAGCUUCAGCAUCGAUUUCUUCGCCUGUGCAUAUAUCCUUCGCAAAAUUCCAAAAGUUUUGCAUCCGAUCAUUGCUCCGUUACUACCGCUCCGUUGGAGGCUUGCCAAGGCUCUUAGGACGUCCACGGCAAUCGUUGGCCCAUUGGUGGAGAGACACAAGGACGUUGUGCAGAGAAGAGCAGCCGGCGAGAAAGUAGCGGAAGAAGAGAAUUUGCUCAAUUGGAUGAUUGACAAUGCUGAGGCGGACAGCACGGUCGAGCAACAUUCGCAUCGCCAGGCCUUUCUCACGCUUGCUAGCAUCUUCACCACAGCCACGACAGUUUCCAAUCUACUCUUCGACCUUUGCGCACAUCCUGAUUGGGUUGUUGUUUUGAGAACAGAGAUUGAAGAGAUUGAGAAGGACUUGGGCAGAUUUGGAGAGCGGGCGGGCAUUGGCGCAGAGCAGUGGUUGCCUCGUCUGGAAAAAAUGGAUAGCGCAUUGGCGGAAAGCUUGAGAAUGAGCCCUCCACUCCUGCUCGUCAAUCAACGACACGCACUGGUCCCUAUCAGUCUGAAAGAUGGCACACACAUACCAUCUGGAACACGCAUUGCAUGCAGUAAGGGAGACAUCGUGUACAAUGAUCCAGCGGCGGACCAGUUUGACCCUAUGCGCUGGUAUCGCAAGCGGUACGAAACAGGCGAUACCGACAAACAUCUUGCUGUCAUGCCCGAGAAGGAUUACAUGCACUUUGGCUUUGGCAGACAGGCAUGUCCUGGACGACAUCUCGCUGUGGGUAUGGUCAAGUUGAUGAUGAUCAAGCUGCUUUCCGAGUUUGAGUUCAAGUUUCCGCAGGGCAAGGGCCGACCCAAGACGUUCACGGCAGAUGAGUACUGUUUCCUCGACUUAAGCGCGAAGCUCAUGGUUCGAAAGCGGAGAAUUGUCAGCGGAGUAGUUGAAAAGAGUGAUGCCGGGAGCUACAUGGGCGAAGACCCAAUGAUUGGAGAUGGUGACCACCGUGAUGGCACUGGAAGCUGA